ACUGAACGAUGGCCUUGGAAUCAAUAUGUUCUAUCUUUUCCUUCCGUCUAGGACUGAUAAUUUGAGAAUACGUUACAAAGAAGUUCAAAAACCAAGAUCAAAUAGUUAGCAUCUACAGUUCCGCUUCUCUCAUCUAGUAGUGAAUUGAAGGAAUUUUUUACCAAAACACGUAACAUCAGCACCAUUGGUUCAUAUUUUCAAAACGAGAUUGUACAUCUAGUGUUAAAAACUGCAAGGAUUAAUACAGGUUGAUAAACUUCCUAUUCUUAUUAGAGAAAACAUAUAGGUUAACACUAGUUCAUCACAAAUAUAUUGAAUUUUAGAUAGAGUAGACGUUCGAAACGUACGUUACUAAUGAGUGCAGUUUCUGUUUUCUCCACAAUCCAUCAACUGUAUCUAUUAGAAAAAUCUAUAAAAGCAUAAUUCACAUCUAAAAACCUCUAUUGAUGCAGAGACGUCCACUCACUCGCAUAGAACUUGGAUUGCAAGACUUGAUGGAAUUUAAAAACUUCAUUGAUACUCAGUCUAAUGGAGACUGUGAAAAAGGUAGCAAAAGUACCAAGGAUUCUUUUGAAAAGGUACAACUUCGAGAAGCUGAAAGACGCAGAAAAAAUGCGCGCCAUCGGAUUGGUCUACCUCCAGAUUAUUAAGAGACUUUAAGACUUAGUGUAUAUAUGCUUCUGUGAACCACUAUAAUCAAUGUUCAAUUUCAACCUUUUUUCGCUGGAACUACAUGUUUAUCGUUUGAAACUUCAUGAAUAAUCGGUAAUUUAAAUAAAAUCGCCUGCUAACAGUCUGCGAAGUGGUUUGCAACGUUUAGUCGAAUUUUUCGGAAUACAAUUUGACAGACUACCUCAGAAA